GGAGUGGGCACUGCUUGCUUCACUGCUGCAACCACUCCCACUGCUGACCGCUGGAACGCAGGCAAUUCCUUACAGCCUCUCCUAUUGCUGAGAGGUCAAACGCCGCAGACAACUCGUGCUUUUUGUUACAGCUGCCGCUGAUGAAAAGUUAGACAGAGAAAAUUACAGCAGGUUACGGCAGUCACUCCUGCUUUAAAGUGAUACACAAAACUCUAUCCGAUUACAACAGCUUCUCUUGCUGACAAACAAAACUUGGACAUUUCGAGCUCUUUCCAACGGUCAUUUACCAAGCUAAGUGACGUUCAGAACACCCCUGCUGGUUACAAGUUCUGGCAUAUCUUUCUGAGCUGCACCGACCAAGUUACGGUAAUAUACUUUAUUUUUUAUUUAUUCCAAUCUGAGCUUCAGGUGUUAAGACUUUAAUCCACCAUGGCGGAUGAAACCGAAGAAGACUACAUUUGUGAUCUGAUCAGUACCUGUUCAACAACAGACGAAGACAGUAUAGAUACUCCUCCGGUCCCAAAAAUCCUCAUUGAAAGCAUUACCACCAUCCGGACAGGCUUCACAGAGCCUCCGAUAGAAAAUAAGAUGAAAGGGGUUGAGCUGGACGAACCCCGCAGUCUGGAUAACGACUGUAACAGCCAAUCGUCGAGCACUUGCGACAGCGCCGACUUCUCAGCAAUGAGAGAAGUGAGGCGUCGGUCGGGUAAAUAUACGAACAAAGAGACCUUACAAAGAGUAUCUGAACUCGUCGAGUAUUAUCUCAGUAAUGACAAUCUCGUUAACGAUAUGUUCCUGCUCAAGCACGUCACCAAACAUAAGGAAGGUUACGUGUCUCUGAAACUGCUCGCUAACUACAAGAAACUGAAACGCCUCCGUAAGGACUGGACUGUUCUGGUAGAAGCGAUUCGUGAUUCGCCAAAUCUGCAGAUGAAUGCGGACUGCACGAAAGUAAAAAGGCGCAUCAAACUGCCUUGCGAGCUAGAAGAAGACACCCGCCUCUUCAGGUCAGUUCUGGGAUACGAUAUAUCUGAGUCCCAUGCAGCAAUGGACAAACUGGCUGAAAUCUUCAGUAAAUUUGGUGAUGUUGACUCCAUCCAACUACACAAGCCAGGUGUGAGGUCCUUUCCGGAGAUUCUCCUAGCAGAGAAAGAACAUCCGGGCAUUGCGGCAAAAUUGUGUUGUUUGGUUGUGUUCGAAAAGGUUCACUGCACUAGACUCGCCCUCAAGCAUCUAGCAAACAAUCCUGACCUGAAAGUAAUGGCGGUGCCUCGACGCAAGGCCUCAUCAGACGGAAAGUUGGAGAUUUCGUGCAUGCCUCGCGAGUACGAGAGCGCGUAUUUCAGCGCUUCUGAUUUGGAAGAUCCAGGAUCUCCUUUUCUGUUCCGAUCUCAGACUCCUCAUUUCGGCGUUAAUCAUCGGAACGAUGCCAGCAACUGGAGAAGUCGGUGCAUGUCUCCCUGUUCUUCCACAGCUUCACCGCAGUCCAGUCGACGUGGACCUGCUAGUAUUUGCUCCUUAAGAGACGACAGGAGCAGCUCGAGGCUGAGCUCGCCCCUUACGAAGAACAGAUGCAUGCCGCUGCAUACGCGGAAAUUGAUCGCCGUUCAUCCCAUGCAAACGCCACCAGACUCCCCUGUUCCCAUGAGAAGGCUUGGCCAUCUUUUCCAGACGGCAUCGGCACCCAACAGCCCGUGGAGUCGACGUAAAAUCCUCGUGAGGAACGACACUAAUACCUCCAGUGAAAACAACUGGCCCGCGUCUCCUCGAGAAAAUAUUCCGUCUAAUGUCCUGAGGCUUCCAAAAGGGCCCGAUAAUACGAAAGGCUUCCACGCAGGAUUUAGAACUGCCGCCGUGGUCGCGUGAAGACCCAAGAAUUAUUUCCAACAGAUUUGGUCGAGCAGCGCCGGUCAAGAUAGAGCAUGGAUGCAGUUAAACAUCUAUUCCUGGUACAUAUUAAUUUGAACUUGGUACUGAAAAAGUUGGAGACCUGAUAAAAUGUUUGGACAAUUAACUAGAUCAGAUGUUCCCGGCCAUAAUUAUAGUUGAUUUAAUAUUGAUUUUUUUUCAACAACGUAGAAAUGCAAACUCUUACUUCAUCUGUCGCUGACGUGAUGCAAAUCGUAGAGUGCAGAGAAGCAUUAUCUUGAACAUUCAUGAUCAUACGAAUUAAAACAAAAUGUGUGUUAAUUGAUGUAUGCGUUUGAUACUAUUAUUGUUAUUCCUAUGAUUAAGAAAGUAUUGACGAAUUUCACUAGCAUUAGACAAUACAUAUUAC